AACAGAAGUGGCGUUUUUGUUUUGACGAUCAGCCUGAAAUUUGUCUGCUUCUUAAGUGAUCGUCGUCGAAGUGAUUAGUCAUUCGCGAACUAUCGGCAUCGUGUGGAUGCUUUCACUGCAAUGGAUUGCACCAGAAUCAUUGCACGUUGAGCCUACAUCGUAGUUGAGUCGCCAUUCCGAAGUAGGGGUUGCGUUUCAGUUUUGAUUGUUUAACCAUUUGCCAAAGAUUGCCUAAGACUAGGCUAGAUUUGCUAAUCAGUAAUGUCCAAACUUUAUUUGCUUCCAAUUUCGGUGUUUUUGCUGUUCAAUUUCACCUUCAUCGGCACGUACAUAGCAGCAGUCCUGCAGGGCCAUGUGGUGCCCACGAUUCCGUAUAUUAGCGAUGCGGCGACCUAUUCUCCGGAGAGUUGCGUGUUUGGGCAAUUGAUCAGUAUAGGGUGUGUACUGCUGGGAAUCACCAUCUAUGUUCGCUAUCGCCAAAUCCAGGAAAUUGGUCUGAGGCAUACGGAUGUUCAGCGGGCUGCUGAACGGAUCAAUGGGAGAGCUUUCUGGGUCGGAAUGGGAUCUUGCUUGGGAGUUAGCAUGGUGGGGAAUUUUCAGGAGACAAAUGUGAGGAUAGUGCACUAUGUUGGGGCAUUUUUGGCGUUCGGGUUGGGCACUGUGUACUACUGGAUGCAGGCCUACAUAUCGUACUACCUACAACCGUACAUCGGUUCCAUGGUUAAGGCCCACGUUCGGCUUGCGAUCUCGGUGGUGUGUACCAUUUUCUUCAUCCUCGUUGCCGUAACGGGCAUCAUCUCGCAUAUCCUAUUCAAUGGCACCGAUCCACGUAAGUGGUAUCCUUCGGAUGGUGGUUGGGAGUUCCACGUGGCCAGUUCGAUCUCAGAGUGGAUCGUCGCAACGGCGUUCUGCUUCUACAUUCUCACCUUUACGGAUGAAUUCCGAAUGAUGCAACUUGAGCAUCCACCUCUCUUAUUCAUCGAAGUGGACGAGACCCGCGACUACGAACCGGUGAUAAACGAACCCAUUAUCAACGACCCUCCCAACGCCGACUCGUGAUGUGAUUCGUCAACUCCGCUCAUCAUCGGUAGACCAAAUCCCGCGU